AUGGCAUCACCGCUGGUGAUUGCUGUGCAGCCCCGCGCUACAUCGGACAAGAACAAUAUCAAAAAUAUCGCCCGGGUCGGAAAUGCGUUCAUCAAGGCGACCAAUGCGUCAGAAGCGAUAGAUUUCAUCAAUGCAAAUUCGACCUUCUUUGACAUCUACGUUGAUACUACUGAUAUCGGCGCUGAUAAUGCAGUGGAAAUUCUCAAUGCUGGUGCUUCGAAGAUAUUCCUGAACACGAAACAAUUGAUUUCACUUACCGAGGAGAACGAGAUUCCGUCGUCAAGAUUAGUCGCAUAUGUUGCUUCAGAUGAAGACUCGACAGAGCUACGCAAUUGGCUAGCAAAUGCCCCCGGGUCACAAGAUGUUGGCGUCUGUUCAACCUCGAACGCCGCUGAACUCUUCGAAAAAUUUGACUUUCCCAAGGAUGGCGGUCAAGUUUUCAAACUUUUCGGAGAGAAUGUGACUGAAUCUGCCGUCAUUGAAGAGGUCGCUCACGGCGUCGUUGCAAUCGUGCCGUCUAAUCAGCUUUCGAUCAUCCCAACGGCGGAUGGAAAGGUCGCUGCGUCAAACGUCCUGGCCAGCCGGGCUGUGCCUGAUAGAAACACCGGACUUAUUGCCACCUUAGUGGUCGAUGAGAGGGGAGUAUCAUUAGGCUUCGUGUGGAGUAAUAAGGAGAGCUUGUUGGAAGCCUUAAAGACGGGCACUGGAGUCUAUCACUCUCGAAAGCGGGGUCUUUGGUAUAAGGGCCAAACUAGCGGAGAUACGCAAGAGCUUUUAAGUAUUGGCUUUGACUGCGACGCAGACUGUUUGGUUUUCAGGGUUAAACAACUUGGCCGAGGAUUCUGUCACCUUGGCACGAACACUUGCUUUGGUCGGUAUCACGGUCUUUCUAGCUUACAGAAGACCCUUCAAUCCCGCAAGGAGAGCGCGCCUCCGGGUUCAUAUACAGCGCGGCUAUUCAAUGAUCCCAAACUUGUUGAAGCCAAGAUUAUGGAAGAAGCAGAGGAAUUGUGCCAGGCGACAACCAAAAGUGAGAUUGCGUCGGAGGCUGCUGACUUGAUCUACUUUGCCCUUACCCGAUGCAUUGCCGCGGAUGUAAGCUUAGAGGAUAUUGAGAAGAAUUUGGACUUGAAAAAUCUCAAGGUCAAGCGCCGCAAGGGUGAUGCUAAAGCUCGCUGGGCUCAGAAGGUCGGCUUGGCCAAGUCAGGGAAGGCCUCUGAACCGAGCCCUGCACCAGUGGAAGAGGAAGCUCCCAAAUCUGACCGUAUUGAAAUGAAGCGGAUUCACACAGCUAACACACCAAUCAGCGUUAUCAAAGACGCUCUAGAACGGCCUUCCCAAAAAUCCAAUGAGGCUAUAGUUGAACUUGUGAAGCCCAUUAUUGCUGACGUUCGCGCGAACGGCGAUGCUGCUGUUCUUAAGUACACCCACAAAUUCGAGAAGGCGACAUCAUUGACAUCACCCGUCCUAAAGGCUCCAUUCCCUCAACAUUUGAUGCAACUAUCGUCUGAUACCAUUAAAGCUAUCGAUGUGAGCUUUGAGAACAUCAAGAAGUUCCACUCGGCACAGAAAGAUGACAAGCCACUUGUUGUCGAGACCAUGCCCGGCGUGGUCUGCUCUCGGUUUUCACGCCCCAUCGAACGUGUUGGUCUCUAUAUUCCUGGUGGAACCGCCGUCCUUCCCUCCACUGCUCUUAUGCUUGGUGUCCCUGCAAUGGUAGCCGGUUGCAAGAGGAUAGUCUUUGCUUCUCCUCCUCGCUCGGAUGGUAGCAUAUCUCCAGAAAUCGUUUAUGCAGCACAUAAGUGUGGUGCAGAGAGCAUUGUACUUGCCGGUGGCGCCCAGGCUGUUGCAGCCAUGGCUUAUGGUACCGAAAGCAUCACCAAGGUUGACAAGAUCCUGGGUCCUGGUAAUCAGUUCGUGACUGCUGCCAAGAUGAUGGUGUCGAACGAUACCUCUGCCGGUGUUAGCAUUGAUAUGCCUGCUGGACCUAGUGAGGUACUUGUUAUUGCCGACAAGAAAGCCAGCCCAGCAUUCGUCGCAUCCGAUCUCUUGAGUCAAGCAGAGCACGGCGUUGACUCCCAGGUCAUCCUUAUCGCCGUCGACUUGGAUGACAGAGAAUUGGCAGCAAUCGACGAGCAAGUGCACCAACAAGCAAAUGCUCUACCACGAGUCGACAUUGUACGUGGAUCAAUUGCACAUUCCGUUACAUUUGUUGUCAAGUCUAUCGAGGAGGCCAUGAAUCUCAGCAACGAAUAUGCUCCGGAACAUUUGAUCUUGCAGCUCGAGAAUGCAGAGGAGGUCGUUCCUCUAGUUCAGAAUGCUGGAAGUGUUUUCAUCGGCCAGUGGACUCCAGAGAGCGUGGGUGAUUAUUCUGCAGGCGUCAAUCACUCUCUGCCAACAUACGGAUACGCAAAGCAGUAUUCUGGUGUGAACCUAGGAUCCUUCGUAAAGCACAUAACCUCCUCAAAUUUGUCGGCUGAGGGUCUUCGCAAUGUCUCAGAGGCAGUUAUGCAACUAGCUGCUGUUGAGGGUUUGGAUGCCCACAAACGCGCUGUGAGCAUUCGCAUGGAUAUCAUCAACAAAUCUUAG